AUGUUAACAUUAUUAUUGCUACAAGUGGUGUUUUCAUAAAAAAUUUUGGAUUCACCACUUGAACAAGUUGUAUGGUGUAAAUCUGAAACCUUCAUUCUUAGUGCAAAAGGUAUGCUAUACAAAAAUUAUACAUCUGAAAUGCCAAAGUUAAUACCAAAUGUAAUUAUGAAUUAUUCAUUCUAGUUAACCAUAAGAGAAAUAUUACAAUCAGAAGCAGAUUCUUAAGUACUUUAUCUAUUAGGUGAUUUCGAUACUUCUUAUGUGACUUAGAAUUGUGGGAAAACGUAUUAAAAAUUUAAGCAUCAAAAGACUUUGCAUGAUUUCAGGUUAAAUCCAUUAGAAGCCCAUAGUUUAAUGGCAUUUAAAGAGUUUAGAUGUAAUGCUACAAGUGGAAAUUUGUGUAAAGAGAAAUAUAAAAAAUAGUAUGAAGAUCUUUAUUGAAUUCUAGAUUGUAUGUAAGUAAUGAUUUUGGAAGUAAUUGGAGACUAGUAUUGAAUAGAACUAAAGAUGCAAUAUGGGAUAAGUUGAUUGAAUUGCCAGAAGUGCCAGAUUCAAGAAUUGUAGCAUCUUAUUUAAGUGAUUAAGGCCACGUAUAGGUUAGUUAUAGUGAUGAUUACUUUAAAACUACAAACUUAUUGAGAAAUAAUUCUUAUGGAUUUUAUUAGACUAAAGAGUAUUUAUUUAUUUUGAUUGAUGCUGAUCCUUUUAGUAAAGGUUAUGAUCUUGAAGUAAUUAAAUAAGGAAGUCUUACUCCAGUAGAAUUAGUAUUACCAAUUGAAGAUCAUUAAAAAUAUACAUUUACUGUAUUGGAUACUGUAAAUGGAUCUAUUUUUAUAUCAAUAUCUCAUUUGGAAGACAUGCCAAAAAUAAUGAAUAUAUAUUAAAGUGAUACAACUGGUACUAAAUAUACAUUAUCAUUGUUAAAUAAUGUCAGAAGUUUAGAUACUGGAAAUUGUGAUUUUGAAUUGAUUAUGAGGGGUAUUUACAUAGCAAAUAUUUAUGAUAAUGGUGAAUUUGAGAAAUUUAAGUUAAGAAGAUCAACAAAAAAUACAGAUGGUAUUAAAAGAUUAGAAAAUUAUAAAUAAAGUAGAAUAACUUUUGAAUAAGGAGGAGAGUGGCAUGCUAUCAAAGCUCCAAAAUAUGAUUAUAAAGGAUAACCUAUAUAAUGUAAUGGAGAUUGUUCAUUACAUUUAUUAGGAAGAAGUGAAGCACCUAGAAAUAGAAUUGUAAGUCAUUCAUAUAUUACAAUUGGAACUGGAAAUACUGGAAUUUAUUUAGGAAAUGAAUAUAAAACUUAUUUAAGUAGAGAUGGAGGACACACUUGGUUUGAAAUAUUAGAUGGAAUGCAUAUUUAUGAUAUUGCUGAAAAUACAGGACUAAUUGUAUUUGUAAGUGAUGAAGAAUAAGCAAGUGAAAUCUUAUAUACUUGGGAUGAAGGUUUAACAUUUAAGAAGAUUAAGAUGAAUGUUACUAUGGAUAUAACAAAUGUUGUAUAUAAAAAUGGUAAGUUUAUAUUUCAUGGAAUAUCUGAUAGUAAAACUCUUGGAGUUGCAAAGGAAGAUGAUUUUACUUCAAGUGCAUUAAAAGGAAUAGUUGUUUCAUUAGAUAUCAAUUAAAUUAUGGUUAGAGAAUGUUAAGGAUUUGAUAAUCCUGGAGAAUAAGAUUCUGAUUAUGAAUUCUGGUAUCCAACAAAUUAUGCUGGAGAUAAGUGUUUAUUUGGAAGAAGAGAAAAGUAUAUAAGAAGAAAAUAGAGAGCAUAAUGUUAUAAUAAAGAACCUAAUCUUCCAGUAUAAACAGAAAAUUGUCCAUGCACUAAGGCUGAUUGGGAAUGUGAUGUUGGAUUCAAAAGAGAUGUUUAUUCUAAUUGUGUUCCAAUGAAAGAGAUUAAACCUAAAUAAUGUAAAGGAACUUAUAUGAAAAGUCAAGGAUAUAGAAAAAUAUCUGGAGAUGAAUGNAGUGAUGAUUACUUUAAAACUACAAACUUAUUGAGAAAUAAUUCUUAUGGAUUUUAUUAGACUAAAGAGUAUUUAUUUAUUUUGAUUGAUGCUGAUCCUUUUAGUAAAGGUUAUGAUCUUGAAGUAAUUAAAUAAGGAAGUCUUACUCCAGUAGAAUUAGUAUUACCAAUUGAAGAUCAUUAAAAAUAUACAUUUACUGUAUUGGAUACUGUAAAUGGAUCUAUUUUUAUAUCAAUAUCUCAUUUGGAAGACAUGCCAAAAAUAAUGAAUAUAUAUUAAAGUGAUACAACUGGUACUAAAUAUACAUUAUCAUUGUUAAAUAAUGUCAGAAGUUUAGAUACUGGAAAUUGUGAUUUUGAAUUGAUUAUGAGGGGUAUUUACAUAGCAAAUAUUUAUGAUAAUGGUGAAUUUGAGAAAUUUAAGUUGAGAAGAUCAACAAAAAAUACAGAUGGUAUUAAAAGAUUAGAAAAUUAUAAAUAAAGUAGAAUAACUUUUGAAUAAGGAGGAGAAUGGCAUGCUAUCAAAGCUCCAAAAUAUGAUUAUAAAGGAUAACCUAUAUAAUGUAAUGGAGAUUGUUCAUUACAUUUAUUAGGAAGAAGUGAAGCACCUAGAAAUAGAAUUGUAAGUCAUUCAUAUAUUACAAUUGGAACUGGAAAUACUGGAAUUUAUUUAGGAAAUGAAUAUAAAACUUAUUUAAGUAGAGAUGGAGGACACACUUGGUUUGAAAUAUUAGAUGGAAUGCAUAUUUAUGAUAUUGCUGAAAAUACAGGACUAAUUGUAUUUGUAAGUGAUGAAGAAUAAGCAAGUGAAAUCUUAUAUACUUGGGAUGAAGGUUUAACAUUUAAGAAGAUUAAGAUGAAUGUUACUAUGGAUAUAACAAAUGUUGUAUAUAAAAAUGGUAAGUUUAUAUUUCAUGGAAUAUCUGAUAGUAAAACUCUUGGAGUUGCAAAGGAAGAUGAUUUUACUUCAAGUGCAUUAAAAGGAAUAGUUGUUUCAUUAGAUAUCAAUUAAAUUAUGGUUAGAGAAUGUUAAGGAUUUGAUAAUCCUGGAGAAUAAGAUUCUGAUUAUGAAUUCUGGUAUCCAACAAAUUAUGCUGGAGAUAAGUGUUUAUUUGGAAGAAGAGAAAAGUAUAUAAGAAGAAAAUAGAGAGCAUAAUGUUAUAAUAAAGAACCUAAUCUUCCAGUAUAAACAGAAAAUUGUCCAUGCACUAAGGCUGAUUGGGAAUGUGAUGUUGGAUUCAAAAGAGAUGUUUAUUCUAAUUGUGUUCCAAUGAAAGAGAUUAAACCUAAAUAAUGUAAAGGAACUUAUAUGAAAAGUCAAGGAUAUAGAAAAAUAUCUGGAGAUGAAUGCUAAGAUGGGUAUCAUAUCUAUAUUUAUUCUAGUGUAUAUUUGGGUCCAAUAGAAGUAAACUGUCAAUAAGAAGAAUAAUCUAUUACUCAAAAUUAAGAUGCCAAUUAAUCAAAUGAUAAUGAAACACCAUAAUAAUAAGUUAUUUCUAAAAAAGUAUAGGUUACACAAAAGAAAGCAAGUGGUGGAGGAAUUAAAUUUUCAUAUUUGGCAAUAGGAGUCAUCUUACUUAUUUUAGCAUUCUAUGUAAAAAAGAAGUAUCUGGACUCUGGCAGAACCAAAAAAAGAACUCCAGCUCAUUACUAUCCAAGUAGAUAAUAAGAGAAAUAAAGUCUAUUUACAGAACUAUGAUAAUGUAC